AUGGAGGAUGGAAAAGCCACUUUAGGUAGUCUUUACAUUUACGUGCCAAACAAGCCGGCUCCGAUUAUUUUUGCUGCCAUUUUUGCUAUCUCAUUUAUCGGUCAUGUUUAUCAAUGUCAUCGGUAUAAGGCGUGGGGUAUGGCCGGAAUCCAGGUGCUCUGUGCGCUCCUUUAUGUUGCCGGUUACGCUCUGCGCGAAUAUGGCGCAUGGGACAGUUACAUCUAUGAUAAGGACGCACCAAAUGGACGUACGGUUCUUAUGACAUUUAUUAUGAGCCAAGUCUUUAUAUAUGUUCCUCCUCCACUUCUCGAGUUAUCAAACUACCAUGUCCUCAGUCGGAUGUUUUACUACGUCCCAUACAAAACUCCGAUCGCCCCGAACAAGGUUUUUGCAAUCUUCGGUAGUCUCAUGUCAUUGGUCGAGAUCUUCAAUGGAUUGGGUGUUGCAUUCAGCUCUAACCCAACUGGUCACGAGCAAAAUGCAGGUCGAAUCUUAGUUCUCGUAUCACUUUCCAUCCAACUUACCGUGAUAUUGAGCUUUAUCAUUAUGACAGCUAUUUUCUGGAAACAUUGUUACAAGAGUAACAUCAAAAACCAGGCGAUUCCAAAGCUUUUCGUCAUUCUCUAUCUCAGUAUGUCGUUAAUUCUUAUCCGCUGCAUCUACCGUGUUGUGGACCAUGCUGGACAUACAUCGAAAGACUUCAAGAACGUCCAAGACGAGAACCAGGAUUCUCCUCUAGAGCGGUAUGAGUGGUUUUUCUGGGUGUUUGAGGGGACAACAAUGCUAGGAAAUUCUUUGCUUUGGAACCUCUUCAACCCAGGACGUUUCCUACCUCGUUCGACUGAAACCUGGAUUGGAGAAGAUGGGCUGGAAACUGGAAUUCCUCGCAACCAGAAGCCUCCAUCGGCAGAAUCACCUGUUCGUAUGAUCGUGAAUGUUCUCACUGUCGGCAUGUGGGGUCUAGUUUUCCCGAAAAAGAAAGAGGAGGCCAAGUAUGAUGAAGUCAAUCAAGGUGCUGCUAAUCAGCAAAACUACUAUUAG